UCCUAUACUUUUAAUCCAUGCAAAUGACCCUUCAAAAAAUUUCUCAACCAUUUUGAGUUAUUUUUGCUUCAAAAACAACCCUUUUGAUUAAAGAAUAGUUUCAAAAAUUCUGAAUCAAAAAAAAUUAAUCUAAGGAAGAUUUGUGAAAAUUUUGGUGAAAAAAGAAAAGUUUGAUGGCAACUCGUAGGUAUGCUUUUGGAAGAGCUGAUGAGGCUACACAUCCUGAUUCAAUUAGAGCAACUAUAGCUGAAUUUGCAUCCACUUUCAUCUUUGUCUUUGCUGGAGAAGGAUCUGGCCUUGCUUUGGUUAAGAUUUACCAAGACUCAGCAUUCUCAGCUGGUGAACUGUUGGCAACAGCACUUGCACAUGCUUUUGCACUAUUUGCUGCUGUGUCUGCUAGUAUGCAUGUAUCUGGUGGUCAUAUCAACCCAGCAGUUACAUUUGGUGCUCUCAUUGGUGGCAGAAUCUCUGUUCUUAGAGCUGUCUACUACUGGAUUGCUCAACUUCUUGGUGCUGUUGUUGCUGCUCUCUUGCUUAGGCUUGUCACUAAUAACAUGAGACCAGCAGGGUUUCAUGUAGGAGAUGGUAUUGGUUCAGGACAUGCACUUAUACUUGAGAUAAUAAUGACAUUUGGGCUAAUGUACACAGUAUAUGCAACUGCAAUUGAUCCUAAAAGAGGUACCAUUGGUGCUAUUGCACCUUUAGCAAUUGGACUCAUUGUUGGUGCAAAUAUCCUUGUUGGUGGGGCAUUUGAUGGAGCAUGUAUGAACCCUGCUCUUGCUUUUGGGCCUUCUUUGGUUGGCUGGAGAUGGCACCAACAUUGGAUCUUUUGGCUUGGUCCAUUCAUUGGAGCAGCAUUGGCAGCAAUCAUAUAUGAAUAUGUUAUUAUCCCAACUGAGCCACCUCAUGCACACCAGCCUCUGGCUCCUGAAGAUUACUAGUACUUUUGUUUAUCAUGUGUGUUGCAUUAUUAGUUGCUUUUGUUUAUUAAUAUAUAAGGUUUAUGUAUGUGUAAUUUUGUUUUGUAUCAUUUUGUUUUUACCACUUUUCUGUUUAUGCAUUUUAAUUUUUCUACUGUUUUUUGGGGUCUCAGCUUAUGUUUAGCUGUGUUGUAUAAUGUAUUUGUGCUGCAAAUAUUGAAUAAAAUGAAAUAAUUGGCAUUAUAUUCAAGUUA